CUAAUGAGAUGAGUUGAAAAGAAUGCGGCCUAAUCCACCGAACCAAUCAUGAUAACCAAGUUUGCAUCCCCUCAUCUCCUACUUCUUGUAUUGAAGUCUGAGCCUCGAACCAAUUGAACCAAACAGGCCCUGAUCUCAGGUGAAAACUUCACCCGUCGUCCACCCUGCUUCCGACGACGCGGCGAUGGAUGGCGGCUCGAAGGCUACCGGCGACGCCCUCGAUCGAGAUAUCUCGGCGGCGUCCAUUCCACUUCCCCCUUCUUCGCUCGUGGUAGGUCGUGAUGAGAUGUCAAAAGGAGACAAACUGGUCUUAAGAGGUUUAAAAUUCCAUGGGUUCCAUGGAGUUAAGGCUGAAGAAAGGGCUUUAGGCCAGAAGUUUGUAGUUGAUAUGGAUGUCUGGAUGGACCUCCGAGCAGCCGGUAAAUCUGACCGGUUGUCGGAUACACUCAGCUACACGGAUAUUUACCGCAUAGUGAAAGAGGUUGUGGAGGGAUCAGCACACAAUCUUCUUGAAUCUGUGGCAGAACACAUAUCAUCUGCAACCCUCACCAGAUAUGCUCAGGUCAGCGCAGUGCGUAUUCAGGUCGGGAAGCCGCAUGUUGCAGUCCAAGGCUCGCUUGACUACUUGGGCGUUGAGAUCGUUCGCUAUAGAGGGGUAUAUAUUCUUUCCAAGGCGGUCCGGGUUGGUGGGAUCUAGGAGAUUGACUAUAAUGGAGUUAUGAAUCAUGGUCCGGUACUUUUUUUGAGUAAAUUUUAUAAAGGGUCUCCAUUCGGUUUACAUAUUUAGUUUCUAUAUAUUAAAUAUUUACAAUUUGAGUAAAUUCUAUAAAAAGUCCUUACUUAUAGGUCGUUUUACAUAUUUAGUCCCUACAUAUCAAAUAUUACUAAUUUAGUCCCCAAUUAUUAAUUUUUUUUACGAAUGGUCCUUUGUUAACGUUUUUGUUAAGAACAUGAAUAAAAAUGUAUAUUCAUAUUUCUCUCUCUCUUCAAUUAAGCUUUCUCUCUCCU